CAAACGCUGAAAAGUACUCCCAUUAUCAGUUAAUCUUUUUUUACGUAGAAGUGACUCGGUUAAUCUAGUUAUGCGUACGGCGUUUUGUUGCUUUUUGUCGCCUGCUGUACACUCGCAGUGCCAGUGAUGAGUUGGACAAUAGCGCCGCGCCGUUCGUUGCCGUUCCCGCGUCAGCAUUGCUAGGGCAUUGGAAUUCGCGUCAUUUGUGUUGCUGUUAGUGAAUUAAUUAAUUCUUUCAACGUGAAAUUUCACUCUAUGCCAGUGGGCGAUCGUUGUUCUUUUGUAAGUCAGUGAAAAAGAAACAACCCAUAGGGGAUUGUUCUAUUCGCAGGAGCGCUUGGUUUGUGUUUGUUUUAUUGUUAUUAGAGAAAGUGGCGAUUGUGCAAGCGUGCAAGGCAUGGUAGAUUUACCGGCCCCGAAUAGUUUUGUUUGUAUUUUGGAUACACAUCGAAAUAACAGUCGGUGAACAGUGAAGUGAGCAACAGCAUUUCGAAGGUUGCAUACGCAUACUCUGCAUAGCUGAAUCACACAGCACAGAAGGCGCAGGAUGGCACAUCAUCAAGGGCAAGAAGUCGGCGUGCAGGAUUUUGUACUGCUGGACGCUGUUACGCAGGACAAAUUCAUGGACAAUCUGAAGCGAAGGUUUCAGGCCGGCAAGAUCUACACAUACAUCGGGGAGGUUUGCAUCUCGGUGAACCCGUACCGCGAGAUGAACAUCUACGGGCCGGAGUACGUAAACCGAUACAAGGGGCGGGAGCUGUUUGAAAAUGCGCCCCACAUCUUUGCCAUUGCCGAUGCUGCCUAUCGGGUGCUGAAGCAGCGCAACAACGAUACCUGCAUCAUGAUUUCCGGCGAAUCGGGUGCAGGCAAGACGGAGGCAUCCAAAAUCAUCAUGAAGUACAUAGCGGCAGUUACGAAUCAGGGAAAGCAGGGUGAAAUUGAACGGGUUAAGAACGUACUGAUUAAGAGCAAUGCAAUUUUGGAGUGUUUUGGAAACGCGAAAACUAACCGCAACGACAAUAGCAGCCGUUUUGGGAAAUACAUGGACAUCGAGUUCGAUUACAAAGGGGAUCCGGUCGGUGGCAUUAUUACCAACUAUUUGCUGGAAAAGUCCCGGGUCAUUCAGCAGCAGAGUGGCGAACGAAACUUUCAUUGCUUUUACCAGCUUUUACGAGGCGGUGCUAACAAUGAGCUACAGCAAUACAAUUUAGGAAGAGAUCCGGCCGCUUAUCAUUACACAAAUCAAGGAAGUACGGAAAUCCUGUCGGAAAAAUCAGACUAUCGAGCGACGACCGGAGGUCUGCAGGCACUUGGGUUUAGUGCGGAAGAGAUUUCAAUGGUGUGGCGCACGGUGGCAGCAAUUCUGCAUUUAGGAAAUAUUGAAUUUAAAAUGAAGGAUGAAAAGAUUACUAUUGCUAACGGUAAGACGCUAGCAAACGUUGCGCAAUUGCUGCAGGUGACGGCGGAGGAAAUGCGUUCUGCCCUGACAGAGCGUGUGAUUGCAGCGCGUGGCGAGAUCAUGACUAAAAGCCACGACACGAAGCAAGCCGAGUAUGGGCGAGAUGCGCUUGCGAAAGCGAUCUACGAUCGUAUGUUCACUUGGAUCAUACAACGCAUCAACAAGGCCAUCGUAGUCCCAGGCAGUACCACGCAGAAGCGGUACAAUAAAGUGAUCGGCGUGUUGGACAUCUAUGGGUUUGAAAUAUUUGACCGCAACAGCUUCGAGCAGUUUUGCAUCAACUAUUGCAACGAAAAACUGCAGCAGCUGUUCAUUGAGCUGGUGUUAAAGCAGGAACAGGAAGAGUACAACCGGGAAGGAAUUGAGUGGACCAAUAUUGAGUAUUUCAACAAUCAGAUCAUUUGUGCCUUGGUAGAACAAGCGGACAAGGGUGUUAUCGCGAUCAUGAACGAGGCGUGCUUGAAUGUUGGCAAAAUUACGGACGAAAUGCUGUUGGGCGACAUGGACAAAAAGCUCUCCCAUCAUCCACAUUAUAGCAGCCGCCAGCUGAAACCGAUGGACAAGGAAUUGCGCCAUAAAGAAGACUUCCGCAUAACGCAUUACGCCGGCGAUGUAAUCUAUUCGAUUAGUGGAUUCAUCGAGAAAAACCGCGACACUUUGUUCCAAGAUUUCAAGCGUCUGCUUUACGGUUCGCAUGACAAGGUGAUCAGCUCGAUGUGGCCCGAAGGUGCUCAGGAUAUUGCGAAAACUACAAAGCGCCCGCUGACUGCAGGAACGCUGUUCCAGAAAUCGAUGGCAGAGCUGGUGGCCACACUUUUGCGCAAAGAGCCACUCUACGUACGGUGCGUUAAGCCGAACGACAUCAAGAGUCCGACCGUGUUCGAUGAUGUGCGCGUGGAGCACCAGGUGCGAUACUUGGGCCUGUUGGAGAAUGUGCGUGUACGAAGGGCCGGCUUUGUGCACCGUCAGCGGUACGAUAAAUUUCUGCUCAGGUACAAAAUGAUUUCCCAGUACACCUGGCCAAACUUCCGCGGUGGCAACGAUCGGGAGGGCGUGAAGGUGCUGAUGAACGAGAAAAACUUUAGCCACGAUGUGCGGUUUGGUAAGACGAAAAUAUUCAUCCGUUCGCCGCAAACGCUGUUUGCGCUGGAGCAGCAACGGAACGACAUGAUACCGCACAUCGUAACGCUUCUGCAGAAGCAGGUGCGCGGAUGGAUCACGCGCCAGAAGUACAAGAAGAUGAAGGCUGCCCUGGUCAUCAUGCGCCACUAUCGGAAGUACAAGCUGAAGAGCUACGUGCAGGAUUUGGCCGUGCGGUUUCGCAAUGCACGUACGCUGCGUGACUACGGCAAGGGUAUACAGUGGCCCCAGCCUCCGCUUGUCGGUCGGCAAGCGGAACGGCAGCUGCGGAUGCUGUAUUCUCGCUGGCGCGCCGCAAUGAUCCUACGCAAGUAUCCACGGGAAGAGUGGCCCCAGCUGCGGCUGCAGAUAAUUGCUGCCAGUGCGUUCCGCAAGCGGAGAAAGUGCUGGGGCCACGAUCGCCGUUGGCUCGGCAACUACUUGUCCAUUGUGGCCGAAAACAGUAACUACUCGUCGUACAAUGCGAGCGUCCGUAAUAUAAAGAAUGUGGACAACUUUGAUACGAUCGUGUUUUCGGCGUUCGUGAAAAAGUUUAACAAAUGCAACAAAUCGGCAGACCGCGCGAUCAUAGUGACGGACGGAACUAUCUACAAACUGGACGGACCGAAGAACAAAUUCCGUAAUAUGAAGCGAACGGUUGCUAUUAGAGAGAUCACAUCGAUCAGCGUUAGCCCGGGACGCGAUCAGCUUGCAGUAUUUCAUUCACAUCAUAAUAACGACCUGAUCGUAUCGUUGCAAGGCGAACAUCAACCGUUGAAGGAAGAUCGCAUCGGAGAGUUGGUGGCACAUGUCAUUCGGCGAUACUUUGCCAUCUGCCAGCAAGAACUACCAGUGAAUGUGGCGUCAACGAUUCCGCUGCGGCUAGGAAACAAAUCACGCUCUUUGAGUAUUGAGGCUGCCGCCGGUCAAGAUAUGCCAGAAUUUACCCAUGCCGGUACAUUCAUCAUCUUUAAGGUGCCUGCAGCGUAUGCCAGUGCCCAGGAAACGACCGAAACUUCGCCCAACACGUUACCACAGCGAUACUAGAAUGAUAAGAAAGAGAGUGGAGAUGGAGAGAGAGAGAGAG